AGAGGCAGGAGUGAAAGUGAGCGAGAUGAGAGAGAAGCGAGGGAGGGAGAGAAGCGCCGCAAAGCGAGCAUGAGGUUUUCACUUUCUAUUCUCCGCUCAGUAGCAGUCGGAGGAGUCCACGUUGAGACACAACAGAAGUGCCUCCCCUGAAGACUGUAGCUGUUUGGAACUACUAAGACACACCAGGACUGCCAACCCCGCCCGCUGAACUUUCUGACCCAUGGUUGUGCCCCCCAUCUCACCCAUAAUCCCUCCAUGCCACGUCUACCCUUCUCCGGACUUGUGAUUCUAUUCCAUCUGUGCGUGUGAGAGGCGACUGUCCUCUCACUGUCCCUCCACUCUCUCCCCUGCUCCCUGCUCCCUCUGCACGUCGUGAGCCAACACAGAUCAAUAACGUCUUUCACCAUCUGUCUCGCCUGACAGUUCAGCUGAGGAGAAAGGUAAAGAGUGUAAGAGAGAGAGAGAGAGAGAGAGAGAGAGAGAGAGGAGAGAAAUGAGCUCAUAAGUUGGUCCAGCCUGCAAAAAGCAAGCCAUCAGUGCCACAAUCCCAUACCCUGGGGGAAAGGCACUGCAGGAAUCUCAUCAGUCCCAGUAAAAGGCUCUUAAGAUGGGCCAUAGAUCCUAGGAGACUCCCAGGCCAACCUCCACAAACAGGCCUCGGAUAGAAAACACUUUUAGAAUGGAUUGUUUUAUUUGAUCUUCUUUAGUUUGAUAUCUCUCAGGAGCAAACAUUCGUACACACUGAGACCUCCCUUUCGUUUUUUAUAUCGGUCGCUCUUAAUCGACUACUCCUGACGGGUUCAAAAUGGCAGUCAACGUGACUCCUAUUCGGGACACAAAAUGGCUGACCCUGGAGGUGUGUCGUGAGUUCCAGAGAGGGAUGUGCUCGCGACCGGACAGCGAGUGUAAGUUUGCACACCCUGCCAAGAGCUGUCAGGUGGAGAAUGGACGAAUCAUCGCCUGCUUUGACUCCCUCAAGGGUCGUUGUUCCAGGGACAACUGUAAGUACCUACACCCUCCUCCCCACCUGAAGACCCAGCUGGAGAUCAACGGCAGGAACAACCUGAUACAACAGAAGAACAUGGCCAUGCUGGCACAGCAGAUGCAGUUGGCCAACGCCAUGAUGCCCGGCACACAGCUACAUCCUACAUGUAUGCCGGUCCCCAUGUUCUCUGUGACGCCCAGCCUUGCCUCCAAUGCCAGUCCUGCUGCGGUGGCUGCUGCGUUUAACCCCUACUUGGGCCCGGUGUCUCCCGGCCUGAUGCCUUCUGAGAUCAUGUCCAGCGGCCCGGUCCUGGUGACCAGUAACCCCAACGUCUCCAUGCCCUCUGCUGCUGCUGCUGCCGCACAGAAACUCAUGAGGACAGACAGACUGGAGGUGUGUCGGGAGUACCAGAGAGGUAACUGUACGCGGGGGGAGAGUGACUGUCGCUUCGCCCACCCCUCAGACAGCACCAUGAUAGACACCAACGACAACACCGUGACCGUGUGUAUGGACUACAUAAAGGGUCGCUGCUCCAGGGAGAAGUGUAAAUACUUCCACCCUCCAGCCCACCUGCAGGCCAAGAUAAAGGCUGGCCAACACCAGGUCAACCAGUCUGCUUCCGCAGUAGCCAUGGCUCAGUCGGCUGUCAAAUCACUGAAGCGACCCCUCGACGCAACCUUUGACCUGGGGCUCCCACCUUUACCUCCAUUACCAAAGAGACCCACAGUUGAAAAAUCCAACGGUGCCACCGUCAUGUUCAAUGCCGAUGGCACGUUCCAGUACCAACAGGCCCUGGCCAACAUGUUCCAGUACCAACAGGCCCUGGCCAACAUGUUCCAGUACCAACAGCAGCAGUUCAUCCCGUCGGGCUCAAUAUUGUGCAUGACACCUGCAACAACUGUUGAGUGGGACUGGACUGGACUGGGACGGACUGUGGGUUGCAGACAGGUACCCAUGAUGCACGGUGCCACGCCCGCCACUGUGUCUGCAGCCACCUCCUCUGCCACAAGCGUUCCCUUUGCAAACGCAACAGCCAAUCAGAUUCCAUUCAUAUCCACAGAUCAUCUUACUAGGCACAAGUAUGUGACUCAGAUCUAGAAAUCUCAAGCAGAACAAUGAAACUGCAGUGUGCCGGUGUCCCACAGCUCCCCACCCUUCAUGCCUGUAAACGUAGAAAUCUGUGGAAGAUUAUUUCUAGAGCCUGUAACAUCCAACCACCUGUAAACUAUAGUGGUACUGACAUGCACGGUGCUCUAGGAGGGUUCAGUUGAUCAUGAAGGUGGUGAAACAUGUGCAUUCCACACACACACACACACACACACACACGCACACACACACACACACACACACACACACACACACACACACACACACACACACACACAUAACAACAACAACACUGGUGGGCCUCGUACGGAGAAUAACUAUUGCCAUCUACAGAAUGUUAUCAGCCAUGCCUUUAUGUCUGUGGAGGCAUCAUCCAUUUAAAACACAAGAUACACUUUCAAUGUCACCACGAGGAGAUAGUCACGCCCACUAGUUUGUCAGCAGACCAAGAUUCUCUUAUAUGUUUUUUUCAGUUGGGUUUCUUUAAUUAAUAUCAUUUUUCAUGGUUUGCACAAAA